AAGCAGAAGCGAGGAGGACGGCCCGAGUCAGAGCUUUGUGCUGUGACUCUCACUUGGCCCCGAGGCUGUUGACUGAUGGUAAACGUGGCUCGUAGCUCUCGCUGCUGCUCCAGUGUCGCCGGGCUGGUUUUGAUGGGAAGCUGCUGCACAGACUUGUCAGAGGCCGGUGGGACACACACUUAUUGUGCUUCACACACACCUUGUACUCGUCGAGCUCGUCGCCUGAGGCACAGGAGAGGGAGGGAAACUGAGCUUCAUUCACAACUCUGAGGAUGAAGAGGAGGAUGAUGAUGAUCCCCGGCGUUCAUUUACAACAUGUGUCUGUUAUUCAGAUCAGUCUGAUUUAUUGUAGGUUUUCAAUCAAUUAAUUACUUAGUGAUGAACGUUGAACCGGUGCCAGAGGUUGACGUUUCAACGUUUGGUCGCGAGGUGGCAGCACUGAGUAAAAUGUGUCCACAGCCGUUUUCUUCCUCCUUGUGUGGUUGAUACUGGAGACACAAUUGUUUAAUACUCAAACACUUCCUAAACGACUAUAAGCCAGAAUCUGUGUAUGUUUGAUCACCCUCCUUUGUGCUGAGUGGAAGUUGUCGUAACGGUCAGAAAUUCCUGAGCUCAGUCACAAGUGGAAGGUUUGUUGCUGCUGAUUUACCUGGAGGCGGAGUCAUGGCAACGGACCUGAACCGAGUCACUGCCUGAAGAAACGCCUUCAGUGAGUAAUCGGCUGCUUCGAUUCCUUUGUGUUGGAUGUGAGACAUUGGGCAAACGAAGCACAGCCUUUACAUCAGCAGGAUGAGAAUUCCUCUGCAUAGAGGAGCUGACCCGUUGCCAUGGUUACUCGCCAGAGGUUUUGAUGCUUGCUUUACUUCCUCACCCUGAGAGCUCGCUUUUCCGAACACUGCGUUCUUUUCCCUGUAGCUGCGGCUCUGGCUCACGUGACUGCUUCCUCUUUUUGGGAGCGCUGCCCAGCGACGCCCCGGCCGGCCUCGCUCUCUCUCUCGCUCGCUCGCUCUCUCGCUCGCUCGCUCGCUCUCUCUCUCGCUCGCUCGCUCAAUGAAAUCCAGACUGUGCUCACAUUUGGACUCUGAAGACAAACAGCUCCUGGCUGUAGCUAGGCAACUCAAGUGAGUCAUGCUGCCGCGCCCAUCGCCAGCCGACCCCCUCCACCCUGUCCAGCUCCCUCACACACAGCCCACAUCCUAUUCAUGGGAUAUAGUUCUUCAAACCAUUCAACUGUGCCGCUCAACUCCAGAGGAGAAAAACUGCCUGUGAGAAAACUGGCCUGGAAUGAUGACAUCACGACUAAUGCGAUGGCAGCUGGUCCAGUGAACUCACAGCCAAUGAAUGAAUCUAACGUCCUGGAAGCCUGAGCUCAAGGCUCAAGUAAAUCAGCAUCAGCGACAGCUACACACCUGCUUCAUUUCCAAGUUUAGGGCUGUUUGGGGAGAAACGUUCUGGAGCCACAGUGCAGGUGGAUCCACCGCUACAGAACCAACGUGGAUCAACCUGUUCCUGAAGCACCAGUUUCCCACCAGAACCUUUACCAAAUUAAAUGCUUGUGGAUGUGUGACUUCAGCGCUUUCAUGACUCCUUCAUGCACAAUUCUUCUUCUUAACUGCACCACAUGCUGUGAAUAAGCAGAAAUCAACACCUGAGUACAUCCACAAUGUAAAAGCCCCGCAGCUCAUUCCACACUGAACAGAACCUGAAACGAGUUCUUCAAAAGCUGAGUCUGAACAUGUGCUUCAGGUAAAACCAUCAGAGGCGGGAUCACUGAGAGUGACGCAAGUCGGGGCUUCGAGGAGGAGCAGGAGGCUGCGAGGGCACUAAACUGCUGCCGAUGAGGUCAAAGGUCAAACGGCUAAAAGCGUGUCUGUAGAAAUGUCUGACAGCCAUAAUAAAAAACAAGGUGUAAGGUUUAAACUGCCGCAGUGCUGCCCUCUAGUGGGAAACUACUGGAAACGUCACGGUGGACUUUUAAUUUCCACAACAAACAGAACGGCAGAAUAACUUGGUUCUGUUUAGUUCAACCCGCCCCUGGACCUGAACCAAAAUCAGUGCUACCCACUGCGCAUGUGCUGAUGGUUGAUUGGCGCUAAUCAGUGAACAGGUGCGUUGUCGUGAGCCCGUAAAAGGCUGCAGCUGCGCUUCAGCCGGUGCUUUUGCGCACGGAGACAAACGCGCGUUGGAAAUGUGCUCGAAAGAAAACGAAUUUUGUUUUUUCUUUAUUUACAUCAUCACCGUCAUCAGUUUACCUGCAAGCUGGUGCGAGGCCCCGCCCCCCAACCAGAACUCUCACCUGGCUCCUCGGUCCAGACGACACGAGGAGGGGGGGCAUCCCCCGGACUUCCACCGACUACGAACCGGACUCGGAACCCAGACCGAACCCUCCGUACGUGGAGGUCCUGAACCCACGGCUCUGAAAGGGGGGGCGGAUCCGUCCUUGGACCCUGCACAAGAGGACUGUGGACGGGCAGAAGUCCAGCGGGUGGUUCACGGCACCUUUUACGUCACUGCCCAACUAGACGCCGGGUCCGAUCCAGGCCCCAUCAGAGAUCAGCAGAGCUGGAGGAGGCUGCAGCCCGUGGUGGAGUGUGGAGACGACGCCAUGACGCUGACCGUGAGGAGGAGACACGCUGAGCAGCUGCAGCUGGACAGAGUGAACGGGUCGUCGGUCCCGUUGGCCCGUCUGCCUCCUCCCUGUGGGUUCUCCGUCCAGACCACGGCUACGCAGCUCAGGCUGAGGGUCCGCUACGACGGCUGCCACGUCACACAGCAGGGCGAGCGCCACCUGCUGCCUCUGCUGUGGAGGGGCUCCUCCAUGACGGCGUCCUGCCCGGCGGCCGGGCCCCGGCCCGUGGACCCGAGCCUGUCCGCCCUGUGCUGCUCCUCCGGCUUCGUGGUGGCGAUGCAGGGCCCGUCUGCGGAGGCACUGAUGGUGAAUGUGAAGGGACGCCUGGCGCCGGUGGAGCUGCUGGCUGCGCAGUGCGGCUUCGCUGUGGAGCGGCGCCGAGCAGACGUGGUGGUGACGGCUCCGUUCGCCGCCUGCGGCGUCACAGUCAAGGGAGGAAAGCACUCGCUGUCCCUUCACAGAGCAGAGGACGCCUUCACGCUGUCCUGUCCCGUCUCUCCUGCUCAUGGGCUCUCAAAGGUCCGGGCGCCGCUGAUCCGCCUCUCGCCUCAUGGGUCCAGGGAGCUGUCACGGUCCUGGGCUCCACCGUUCUACCUGGCUCCCCUGUAUUACCCCCACCCGACCCAACACUACGGCCCCGGCCCACAGGAACGGGCUGCACCUGCCUCCGACCCGGACUCCUGGGACCCCCCUCAGACUAACGACCGCCCCAGCAGGCUCACGUCCGCUGCAGAUGAACGCAAAGGCCCGAGUCUUGUUCAUCCAGGUUUGCAGCUGAGACCAGAACCGCCCCCUCCGCAGCCCCCGGGUCAGGCCUUUAAUCCUUACUACUACUUCUACCAUCACCCCAAGAUUCCUCGUCCUGGUCCAGGUCCGGAUGCUGCUGAACACCUGCCUCUGAUUGGUUCUGAGAAGCUGGAGCUCCAGGACUGGGACGUUGCCUCAGACCAGUUGCCUCAUCCUGCGUUUGGGCCUCCCCUCCCUCCCCCUUCUCCCCCUUCCUUCCAUCACCUCCCAUUUUUUGCCAGCAGUGGCUCCGUGCGUCCUGACGUAGAAACAAAUGCGUUUCCCGCUGAAGACCACGACAAGCCCUACAUCCAUUAUCUCCAUGACACCAGAACCGCCAAGAAGCGCCAGCUGUUUCCUGAGGACGACGUAACGGCAGCUCCGGAUGACGGGAGCCGCUCUGCGCCUCCGGCCUCUCGCUCAUCCGGCCUGCAGCCUCCUCACUCGCACUACUUCUCCCCUUUUUAUGUCCACGGACCGGCUGCGGCUGAGCGCCGUCUCCCUCCAGUAAACCCUGAUGGAGCCACAGGCCCAGCAGAGCGGUACCCCCACCCUGAAGCUGCUGCAGAGCCGCGUCCAGCCUCGGUCACGGACUCUGGAGACGCCCCCCCCCACGGCUUCUACUCUGCGCCUCCUCCACACGGCCGCUCCGUGCAUCCCAGGGGUCAGAAGGGGCGCCUGGAGGCCAACGCUCCCUCGGCUCCUUCCUGCCAUUCUCCGCACCUCCACUGCGCUCGGUCUCUGGGCUGCUGUUCGUACCACGUACGCGACUGCACGCUGGGGCAGCACCUGGUGCUGGUGCUGCCUGACUGCCUGCUGAGCCCGGCGCUGGCUGCUCCCCUCAACGCGUCGUGCGCGCUGCAGAAGCUGACCUCUGACCCCGGCCUCUACGCCGCGCCGCUGCUCGGCUGCGGCGUUGGAAAACAUGUGUUUGGGGACACGGUGGUGUAUCUGGUGGAGGUCCGUGGUUUCCAGGCUCAUCCUCUGGUCUACGCGUCCCCCGUCAGGUUGCUGGUUGAAUGCCGCUCCUCUCCGGGUUCUCAGGCAGAAGUGAGGCUCCACGUGUUGGAUCCGCUUCCUCCGGCCCUGGUGGCGGUGCAGCUCAGAGUUACCUCAGACCCGUCCUUCAGCCGCUUCCACCCUGAGGCCCGUCUGCCUCUCAGCCGUCUGCGUGGUCGACCACUUUACCUGGAAGUGAGCCUGCUGGACCCCCCAGACCCACGCCUGGUGCUGCUGGUUCACUCUUGUCUGGCUCACACUCUCUUUUUCAGCUGGAUGCCUAUUUAUGAUGGCUGCUCCAGUCGUGCUGACUCACAGCUGCUUCCUGUCCCGGACCCUAACUCCCACCGCGUCCGGAGGAUCGCGGUCUCCAGCUUUAUGUCCCCGCCCCCAGAAAGCCCCCCCAGCUCCACAGGAGGCUCCUCCCCCCCGGACGACCCACAGAUCUACUUCCUGUGUUUGACAGAGGUGUGCUCCUCUUCUGAUGAAGACUGCACCAUCCGCUGUGGCAACGGUCCCAACAGCAGGCAAUGAAAUAAAGACACUUGUAAAACUGCACCUGUUUGAUUUAUUAUAUAGAAACACUUUCACCAGUGAUCAUGAAAAGGAAAAAAUAAACUUCUAUAACGUGAACUUAAAAUAGUGCAAUAUAGUCAAACUACACAGGAAACGAGCAAAAUGAGUGACUCAAGCAUAGUUUUCCUAAACAGGACACUUGAUUACUUUUAAUUUGGUCACAAGCUUUUGAAGGAACAUCAGUGUUCUUUGUAGGAAUGACAUUAAGGAGAACGGGACUCAGUGGCGACAUGUGUUUCACAGCAUCAGACUGAUUCAAACGCUUCCACUGAGGGUCCGCACAACUGUUACAGCAGCCUUAGAAGCUUAAAUUUAAAAUAAACAUUCAAUUCCCUUUUUAUUUGUGGCUCAGUUAAACACCUAAACCUGCAGAAAAGACAGAAAGCAGAAACGUAUCCUAAUGCUGAGAAACCACUGCUUAACUGAAUUAUUUCAAACUCUGUAACAGUCGCAAACGUGUCGUCUACACAACUGAAAUGGUUACGAAAGGCCUGUGAGGCUGUAACAACGGUAACAUAAUGAACAUCUGGACAUCUGUCAGCGCCAGGUUCCAGCGACGAUGCGAUGGUUGUCCUCAGUAAACGGCGGAAUAUUGGGACGCAAAGUGCUGAUUGAUUCUCUUGAUCUGAUGUAGGAGGACAAUGCUGCAGGCCAUGGCCACAAUC